CAUAGACUACAGCAGCACGCAUAUAAUUUCUGUCAUUUCCAGAACGUCUAUCGAUAUGAUAGCUCCAAAACUAGAAGGGGCCUGCUCUGUUCUUCCCGCGUGGCUGUGCUGAACCCUUCGGAUUCUCGAUAUUCAUCCUGGUCUUGGUACUACCUUAACUGCCCAUGGUUCAUCUCUUGUCCAGGCGCGCUUGUGUGCAUCUAGCAGAGGUUCCGGAGUAGUCCCUCGAUCAUUUAAUUGGUCUUAGCGACGCUGAGGGUUUAGAGCUUAUCCAUCCUCUAUGUUCGAAUGAAGAAAGUCACCUAGGAGUCACAAUCGAACCAUUGCCCUCACACCGCUUGUCCUGAUUCAGUUUGGUCCGGACGUUGGGAAUGCCAUUUGCAAAAGCCAUGCACUGCAAUUGUAGCGGCCGCCGAAGUCCCUCCCUGGCCUAAGUCUUCGGUGGCCGUUACCAUCUUUUCGAUUAAAGAUCUCCACCACUCACUUCAGAUUGAGAAUAGGCACGUGGGUGAUUUGCAUGUGUGUUCUUCGGGUCUAGGUUGGGUUGGAUCCCGCAUAGCCAAUCCGUUAUUCGGGAUUGACGACAGACAGCUUCACAGCCACAGUUGGAGGCGAUAUCAUGACGACGCCACAGGGCUAGAUCCUCAAUCCUCGGCACAUUUAUUGCCCAAUUGCAUGUUCUGGGCCGAUUCCAUCUGUGCCGAUCAAUAUUUUGACUGCUAUCUUGUUGAUCAUUGCCUGAGAUUUCAGCUACUCAGGCAUGGGCGUGACUGACAGAUGUGGCUCUGAGCGUCGUCGUGGCGUAAUAAGCGUGGCUUGACGCGUGUUGCCGCCCCCUUCAUACUUGUAUGUAGGUACUGUACUGUACCUCGCUCCCUCAGAGGUGGGGAGUUAAUUAAUAAGAAAACUAUUUUCUUUGGGUCGCCGACUUCUUAUCAUGGCAUCUCGGCACUUUUACUUGUAAACCUUUUUCGUGGCUUUUUUGUGCUAGAGGUGGUGGCCAAACUUUUUGGUUUGCCUGAGAACUGAUCCAUGACAGGGACGGACAGUGUUGUUGACCACGAGCGUCAUCCCGGAGGUGAAGCUUCAUAUCGUGCGAGAAGUUGCAGCCCUGUAAUGAAUCGAGAGGUAAUAUAAGGCGCCCUCAAAGUUUCUUUCUAUAGGGUAAUGCUGAAUAAAUUGGUAUAAACUGACUUGUCCCUCCCUCCUCUGAAAAGCAUGAGAUUUCUUGGUAUAUUUUCCAGUAUUGUCUGAACUGCCGGCGAAACAGACCAAGCAAACACGUCUAUCCUUUCAACCAGCACAAACAGAACCUGGCUCUGGCAGUAGUAACGGGCUCUCCUCUUCUCCCAACGCGAGAGAUGAGGUUACUCUAUGGUGUUUAUCUGCUUCUGUCUGUCGCGAGUGCGGCUGAUGUAAGAAUUACUUUUAUUCGCAACAUAGAGACAAAUGCAUCUUCUCUAAUUGCAUUUGGCGCUAGUGGGGGCUUGAUCACAAGGAUCUGUGGUACAACGAUUAAAGCUAAAGAAUCCGUUGACUUCUCUAACAUCAACGAAAAUGGUGUUGGGAAUUUCACAGUUGGUAGCACUAGCUUCUUUGUUCACUCCGAUCCCAAGUAUUCUGGAGGCCCUUCAUGCUCUACAGAUUUUAAUCAUCGCUAUACUGCCAUACAGUGCUCAGGUGUAAAAUGGGACCCUGAGGGUGUUGUUAAACAGGAUACGACGUCCUGUUUCUCCGGAAAUCUCGUGGGAAGGGCCUUUGAAGAUUACCAAACUGACGCGCGGUACCGCAAGUUACAGCGCCGUUACAAACAGAAACCAAGGCUUGACGGUGACGGAUGGCCCCACCAGAGAUACUACUAUGAACAGCUUUCAGAGGUUGGGUAUUGCAGCAAAACCGAGGGCUGCUCUGUUAGUACAAGCAGCACGAAAACCACCACCAAGUCUUGGAGUGCGACUGUCGCCCUGCCGAUUUGGAUCUCGGGAGGCUACUCUGUGGCAAAGUCCUGGGCCUUUGGGGCUUCAUAUAGCUGCAAUGGCGGCCCGGGAGACGCAGCCUGUGUCUGGUACAGGGUUGCGCACACUGCCUAUACGGUUCGGAUGCCCAAGGGACUUACCAGGAAGGGUAUGCAUGGCCCGCAAAUUGUUAUUGCCUCCCCAAACAAACACAAUAUAGGCGGUGGCUUUGAGUGCGCGACUGGGAAGGAUUGCGUGCAUAAGGGCGCGAUGUUCUGGGACUGCCAUGGGAAGAAGUCUAAAGAGUUUGCCCACUGUGGACCUCCAGAGCAACCAGAGAUAGAUUUCAGGGACAACUUCAUAGAACCCUAUGCGACCGAGUGGAGACAAAAGCAAUCUCAGAAGAAGAAUGUAAAGAUUAAAGAUCCUGAUGUUGAAAAGAGGGUAGAGGAUAUAAUGGGGAAGAAGAGGAGAUAGAGGGUGUACUGCUACCAGUAUGAGCCAAACAGCGUCGAUCACCAUGAUUUCACGAUAGAUGCCCGAGCAAGAGUCGUGGGGCACAUACGGAGUACGGGAUAAGGACUAUACGGGACCCUACAGCUGGCUCCGAAAAGGGUGUGUGGCUGGAACAAAUACUAUGUUCUAGCAAGAUCAGGCUCCUUGUUCUUUUGCUACUACUACACCUGCUGCCACAAUAAGUUGCCUGGUAUUGCCGCUUAAUAUAUAAGUAUUCAUCUUAUAUAUUUGUUUCGUGGCGAUAUCUUGUCUUGCUUGUCCCGGGGUGCAUAACUACCUAGGUAGCUGGCAACUCUAGCUUACACGCACCAACCGUUCGAACAGCUGACCCUUGGCAGGCAUAGGCAGGCAAACAAUCUUGGAGGACCACGAUAUCCCAAGACCAAACUCCUACCUGGCAAUGGCUUAUGCCACUAUCGAAAUGCGGAUUUAUUCUAUGCUGCCAAGCAUAAAUAACAUGGCAAUAUGUUCGACCAAUUCGGCAAUAAACUUGAAAUAACCUCCCCUCAAAUCCUCCGACUUGAUACCUUCAGCACAGUCAAGCCGGUGGUCAUAUCAGUUGGACGACUGGUGAAGCAUACAGCUCACCCUCCGGUUGUGCUUGUUUGGAGCUUCCUUAUUCCGCGUUGAGAGCGUUUGAUCUGGUCUCAAUAAAAUUAUGUCGAGCAUCAAUUAAACGCCAUUGGUGCUUUACCUUUACCAGGGUUACCCUGUCAAGUCCCAUCUGGUGCCAUCUCGGAACACAUCCUAAUCCCAGUCAAGUCCAUCCAACAAUUGCAUGCUCCGACUUGGGUGUGCAGCCAGAGAUGCAGGACCGUGCCACUACUGGGCUUGAGAACGGAAAUACCUAUCUAUGCAUCGAGCCAGCUCUACAUCCAACUUCCCAGUCUAUGCGUUUUACAGUCAUCAAUGACAACGGUGCAGCCCUUCGUCUGUGGCUUAAUCUCGGCAAAUUGUUUAUGGAUCACGUCCGGCAAGAUCUUGCCCGGAUCAUAACGUUCACUAGCAUAAUCGAAGGAUGUAUGUUGGUUACGUCAAUGUAAUCGCUAAGGACAAUCUCUCUGCUCUAUGUCCUCGCCGUUUAAAUUUCAAAUUCUCAGCGAUGCCUUCAAGAUAUAUCGAGUCGUCUGGGGCUUCUACAAUUUUCUCAGCCCGAACCACCUAGAGAUUGAUUCUCCUCUUAGCCCUGGAGAGGCCAUCGUUGCCCUAUGGCCAUGUACGUGUGACCGGUAGCUCACAACGGUCAUCUAUGUACCAUGCGGCGGGUAUCUUGGUGUGAACACCACACAAUUUUCGGGCGAGUUGCGUACCCCAUGUAACGCUUCCUUCCCCUCACACCCUUCCUCACAGAUCAAUCUUUCUACUGUACGGAGUAGGGGUUGUUGAUUGACGAACAAUCUCUUCGAAUUCCAGGUUCUACCACCUUUCGAGGAUAGUCUACUGCAUUGUUUGUCAUGGCUUACAAUGCCUUGUCGUGCUUGGCUAUACCUUUUUUGAGAUGAUAUGUAUUAGUUCACCACGCGCUCAGGCAGGUCAACACAAAGCCGUUUCAUGUGGAUCAAUUCAGAUGCCAUCUUUCUCAGAUGUCAACCCCACAAACGACAGCUGGCUCGUGAUAUCUUGCAAGCUCUUCAAGUGGGCAGUGUACGAGAGAUGCAUUUGAUCCAAUACCAGCCAGCACCGCGCACCAAGUUGCCUGAAAGUGCCGUACAAUGGAUGUAAUGCCGAAGCCGAAGAAGAGAAAGAAAAGAAGCUGGAACUUGAUACCCGUUUCCGUGCAAGGGCACCCAGGACCUUGGAGUGAGACGAGACGCCUGAUUGACUUCCGGAACAUUAGCGUUCAUCAGAGCGGAGAUGUCGCCAAACUUGUCCCAUUUUGCCCUACAGGGGGGCCAGGGUUUUGUUCGUUCGUCCAUCCGUCACAACAUAUGGAUGGGCCCAGCCACAAUGCAACAGCCGUGACAAUGAUGUCAUUGUUGCUAUCCAAGAUCCUUCCACGUCAGUCAACCCACGAGGCUGAAACCGUUAUCGAAGCCUCUAAGGAGCAAGACAUGGAGUAGUAAUGGCAAGGGACUUGGGAGAAUACUACUGUGCUCACUGUACUGGCGCAUUCAUUACAGAACAGGUUAGAGUCGUCAACGUGGCACCCUCUUUCGCCAGUCAGACUGGGACGCUAGGUAUCAUCUUUCGAGUCCACCUACUGAUGGAUGCCCCCGCAUGAUGAUUGAGGGAACUUGAGCAUCGCGAAUAGCAAGCUCUUUAGAGGCGUUGACGUCAUCGGAAAGUUUUGCUGGCCCCUCCACUAAACAAUUCAAUUUUAUACUACUCGGUCGAAACAUUCGAACAAGCUUCAGACUCCUCCCUCAUGGUCGUCCCGUUGUUCCCCGGUCCAACAUCUUCAGCAAUCAAUUGGUGGAAGUUUACCGACACCUAUGAGAAAUCAGAUGGAAAACAGUACUGCCUAGCAACAUCCAUAUGAUCAGGGUCCUGAUUAUCAGAACUGCAUAUAGCCGCGAAUACUGCAUCCAUACCUGCGGCAUGAUUAUUACAUAUCUUGAGCUUUGUUACACGAAUGUGUGAAGGGUACGGAGUAAUCAAUAACGAUUUCUGCUGGUUUGCUAGGGUGAGCUUCCACCGGUAACGCCCAAUUUGGGAACGAGCCCUACCUUAAUCCACCUGUUAUGCAGCACCCUGUUUCCGUAUACUGGGGUCGAAUGUGACCCUGUGGUCAGCCUCCAGCAUCGGCAAACCCCUACUUUGAAUACUAACCGUAACUUUAUUCGCUUUGCUCUGUGGGAUCGGAGCCAGAUCUUGACAAUUCGGUUUUCAGGGGUGGGUGCAUGCCAGGAGACCCAACUGUUCAAGAUACUAUCCUGUCUGGGGCUUCUUGAACACUGGUUUCACGUAUCAAACGAUGGCUUCUUGGAGCGCGGUUCGGGGCAUGUCGACGAUUCAUUGAAAUACUUUCACAUUCCGAGACGAGCUGGUGCUCCCUCAGCUGCGAUCUCGAAAAUUGAUGGUCUCGAUGGCUCCGUCAACUGAGUAUGCCUAUCAUCGAGCGGCUGGUGCCGUACACUACACUGCAGUCAAGCCACCACACCCCUCUCCCUUGCUGAGGGUCACAGUACUGGGUACUUUCAAGCAUGUUCAAUCUCAUCACCGGCAGUUCGAGAUUAUCAUCAACACAUCGUCAUCUUGCCGCUCUCGGUUACCAGCUCGUGUUGUAAGCGAGUGUUAUCUUUGGGACCUCAAAUUCAACUGGCGAGAAAACUUCGUUUUUUUUUUCCAAGGAUGAUGAAUCAGGGUCCUCUUCCAGAAGCCUUCGGUACCACAGGGCUUAAAAGUUUGACUGGAACUGCCAUACCUAACGGGGACACGAUCAGGUUGAUCACUACAUCAUCGCACGUCCUACCCAUGCGCAUCUGCCCUCCUUGAACGGUUUUUGGGGGGAUUCCUGCCCCCCUUCUCCACGCUUUCUGUACCUGAAUUGGUCUCUUUCGUAGUGACCGCAAAGGCUUGAUGGUGAAGGGGGCUGAUCGUUGCUUGGGCAGUACGUCCGCUCCGGCAAUCUCAAUGGCGCGUUGCUGGUGAGAGACAGGCCAAGAUGCCCAAAAUAAGAAACCCAUUUACUCCCUAUUUUUGGAAAUGCUAUUUUCAUCCCAACAGCGACGAUCUCGGUUGGAUAUGCACAUGGGUAUUUGAACUCCAGGGGUUUUUGGGGAUGGUCGUGGUCGUGGUCGUGGUCGUGGUGAGUUUGGUGAUAGUUGCAUGCAAAUGUCGACAAUGUUGACGCGUCCUUUAUCGACUCAUGAUUACCGCCAUUCUGCUGUCAAGGGGAACGAUUUGCGCUGAAGAACUGAAUCGUGACAUGCCAUUUACUGGGUUAUGACUCGUGUGGUUUUGCUAUCAUGUCCCUCAACAUUACAGCUACAAGCCGUCUCAUGGCUGCGCUGGUUAUCUACAUUGUUUGGGUCACAACGGGUUGCAUUCCAGGCCAAGGCCAGAAUGUUCCUCAUCUUCUGGACAGUGUUUAUAUAGAAUAGUGGCUUUGAAGGCAAGAGUAAGUAAAGCACAAUAUGGGUAGAUAUGUGUGGCUCUAUACAUCGUAAGGUCUACAUUUUCCCUCAAUCGCUGACCAAACAGAAUGAACAGUUCACGUCGAACAAAUAACAGAAGAACAUAAUAUAGGUGCUUGUAGGACUUCUCCAUACCCGUGUAGAUAUUCCGGGCAAAUAAAAUAAAACAGACCAUAAACUCUAGUCUAGUCAAUCGGUUGUGAUAUCUGGAGAUUUUAGACUAAGCGAUAUAGGGUAGGCAGACAUCCACCAUCACGGAUACAUGUGUUGAAUAGGCAGGAAUCAUGCGUAUCAAAUGUGCC